AUGAGCAAAGCUCACCCUCCUAAGCUAAAAAUAUUUAUGGAUAAGAAACUAUCUUUGAAAUUAAAUGGUGGCAGACAUGUCCAAGGAAUAUUGCGUGGAUUUGAUCCAUCUAUGAAUCUGGUGAUAGGUGAAUGUGUGGAGACGGCUACUAGUGAGCAACAGAACAAUAUUGGAAUGGUGGUUAUACGAGGAAAUAGCAUCAUCAUGUUAGAAGCCUUGGAACAAGUUUAA